GAGCAAGAUUAAAAGUUCGCGAUGCAAGAAAAAUCAAAUAUAAAAGUUAAAAAGAAUAUAGUAUAAUUUGAAAAAUAAAAAAAAAUUAAUCCAUGAAUUUCUAUCGUAACACAUUUUGUCAUGAAGAGUAAAAACCUAAAUAAUUCCAGAAGGUCCACGGCGAUAAAUUUUACUUCUCGGAAAGUAUAUAGCAAGGAAUAUGCAUUAAGAAGAAAAAAACUUGUUUAUUCAAUUAACGAAUCUAAUAGAUCUCAAAGCAAUAAUAAAGAUCCCUGCAGAACUAUUCUUAGAGACGACGAAUUAGAUUUGAUUGGUUGCGGGUACGAAUUAUCACGGCCUAAGCAAUUUAUGACAUGGGUAUGUAUAUUAUUAACUGUUGGUUUAUUAAGAUUGAUAUUUCAUUGGAAACAUCAAUGGUUUUUAAAGUGGACUCACAACAUUUGCCCUUUAGAUAGGUGCACAAAAAUAUUGCUCCAAGAUCAAUAUGGGCAAUAUUUCGUGGAAGAUAUUAUGAUCAAAAGAUUAGAUAAGGUCGCCAAUAGUCUGAAUAUUAAAACAACAGUUGAUUACAAGGACACGGCAAAAUUAAAAAAACAUGACAGCGAUGAGCAAAUGAUGGUAUUAUCCGAGGAAAAAGAAAAUCUACAUUUAAAACAAACUUCAGAAGAAGCAAAUCAUAAUUAUUUGUUCGAUGAAAAUUAUCAAUACUUUACGCCUACUUUGGUAAAAAUUUUGAAGCAACCUACGAUUCGUUUUUUUAUCAAUAAAAAGAUCAAAUAUGUCUGGUUAACCGAAGAAAAAGAUUUUGAACAAUUGAAAGGAAUUGAAGAAGGUAUGCUGUGUUCAAAUUUUUACAAAAUGCAAAUCCUGAGCUUGGAUGAAAGAUGUAAAAGGCGAAAUCUAUACGAACAGAACGAAAUUCAUAUAGAAAUUACAUCAAGAUUAACACUUUUAUUUUUAGAAGUUUUAAAUCCGUUUUACAUCUUUCAAGUGUAUUCAUGCAUUCUAUGGAUUUUUCAAGACUACUACUAUUUCGUUUCCUAUAUAAUAUGCUUAUCAAUAAUCCUAAUAACGAUAACUAUUCGAAGGACACGUAAGAUGCAAAUGGAUUUAAGAGACCUUGUGACAAUGAAUGGCACAGUGCAAAUAUUUACUUCCUUGAAAAAUAUCCUUACUAUUACAUACGAGGAAUUAGUUCCAGGUGACAUAAUGUUAGUACCUGAAAAUGAGAGUACAAUGUUGUGCGACGCGGUAGUAUUGAGUGGCAGCGUCAUUGUAAAUGAGAGUAUGCUUACGGGUGAAAGCGUGGCAUUUACGAAAACACCUCUUUCUCCAGAAGAUAAAAUUUUCAAUAUAAAAAUGGAAUCAAAAUCAAUUUUAUUUAAUGGCACAAAAAUAUUGCAAACUCGUUCAUCCCAUGGAGAACCAGUCAAGGCACUAGUUAUUAGAACUGGCUUCAUGACAUUAAAGGGUCAACUUAUACAGUCCAUAUUAUUUCCUAAACCCAUCGAUUUCAAAUUUAACAAGCACACCUACAAGUUUAUAGGAGUCUUGGCACUGAUAGCAAUGAUUGGAUUUUUCUAUACGUUAGGCUUGAUGAUAAUUUCACAUAAAGCUGAUCCCCUUACCAUAGCUAUAAGAGCAUUAGAUCUAAUUACUAUAACCGUAUCACCUGCAUUGCCCAUUUCAAUGGCUGUUGGAGUCAUUUAUGCACAGAGUAGAUUGAAGAAGUUGGGAGUGUUCUGUAUCAGUCCCAAAACUAUAAAUAUAGUUGCAUCUCUAAAUUUAAUAUGUUUUGAUAAAACUGGCACAAUCACCAUGGAAGAUCUUGAUAUGUUGGGUGUAGUUCCUAUUGAUCGUGAUAACCACUUUGAAUCAUGCCAAGAUAUAAUAGGAUUGACGUUUUCACCAUUAUUAAAAGGUUUAAUUUGUUGUCAUUCUCUUACAAAAUUAGAUGGAAAAUUUAUUGGCGACCCGCUGGAUAUUAAAAUGUUUAACGCUACACAUUGGAUUAUGAAAGACUCAUAUGAAAUUAUAGAGGAUAACUUUAAAAUAAAUGUUGUGGCUGAGUUUUAUAAAUCAACCAAUUCUAAAACUUUAGAUAAAAUGCCAAAAUUAGGAGUAAUCAAACAAUUUCCUUUCACGUCAUCCUCCCAAAGCAUGUCCGUUUUAUUGAUUCAAGAGUACUCUGAUAAAUUAGAAUUUUAUAUCAAAGGAUCUCCCGAAAAACUCGCUACUAUUUGCACACCAGAAUCAAUGCCAAAAAAUUUCGCAGAAGAACUAAUGCAUUACACUCAACAAGGAUAUAGAGUUAUUGCUCUGGCAUGGAAAUCAAUCGUAGUUAAUAAUUUAACUAAAGAUAUCCCAAAUUUAACAAGGAAUGAUUUGGAAAAAGAUAUGAUAUUUUCAGGAUUUAUGAUCCUUGAAAAUAGACCUAAGUCGGAUUCAAGACAAGUUAUUCAAUUAUUGCAAGAUGCCGAUUUGCGAACAGUCAUGAUAACUGGGGAUAAUCUUUAUACAGCUCUUUGUGUGGCGAAGGAUGUGGAUAUGAUACAACAAAAUGAGAAUGUUAUUAUAGUGGAGGCAAUUGAAAAUAAAGGAACUCUUAAGACAGAAAUAAACGAAAGCAAACCACUGAUUAUGUAUAGAUAUGCAAAAAAGGGUCACUUUUAUUCCCAAAAUAUAGAAAAGAGGAGAAGCAGUGUUUACAAACCUCGAACGAAGGAGGAACUAGAGUCUUUAGAAUUGGUGUCUAAAAAAAUACACCGUAAUAGAUAUCAUUUUGCUUUAAAUGGAAAAACACUAAAGGCUAUUCAGACUUGGCAUCCAUAUCUUUUACCAAAAAUAUUGUCUCGUGGUACUGUGUUUGCCAGAAUGUCUCCAGAGCAGAAGGCUCAACUAAUAGAAUCAUUUCAAAGUUUAGGGUAUUAUGUAGGAAUGUGUGGAGAUGGGGCCAAUGACUGUGGGGCUUUAAAGAUGGCUCACGCUGGAAUAUCCUUAUCAGAAAAUGAAUCCUCAAUAGCUUCACCUUUUACAUCUAAAACUCAAAGUAUUACAUGUGUUCCUUUGUUAUUAAGAGAAGGGCGAGCAGCUUUAACCACUUCAUUCGGUAUAUUCAAAUAUUUGGCCAGUUAUAGCAUGGUCCAAUUUGUUUCAGUGACUAUAUUAUAUUGGGUAAAAGCUAGUCUUACUGAUUUCGAAUAUUUAUAUGUCGAUUUGUUUGAAAUGAUGUUUCUAGCCAUAACAUUUGGUAGAACAUUAGCCUAUCCUUAUCUAUCAAAGGAACGUCCACCAUUAAGCCUGAUAAGCUUUAUGCCUAUAUUUUCUAUAAUAUCUUGCCUCGUGAUUAAUGUAUGUGCCCAGCUAACAGUUUUCAUUAUGGUUACCAAACAACCCUGGUUUGAACCGUUAGUGCCAACUCAUACCAAAGAUUAUUACAGUUAUCAAAAUGCUUGUGUUUUCACAAUUUCGAAUUUUCAAUACAUCAUAUUAGCUGUCAUAUUUUCUAAGGGCCCUCCAUUUAGAAUGCCUUUAUAUACUAAUUAUUGGUUUAUUGCUGCCGUAGUAAUAUUAUUGACUGUGAGUAGUUACAUUCUAUUGUUUGGACAUCCAAAACUUCUUAUGUUUUUACAAUAUCGCGAAAUUCCAGACAUGAAUUUUAAAUUAUUAAUUUUAGCUGUUGUCGCCGUAAAUUCUCUAUUACUAAUUUUGAAUGAGAAAAUAUUAGUUCAAAGGGUUUUAAAAAAUACUCUAAACAAAUACAUACAAAAACGAAAAUCAUCUAAAUAUCCCUAUCAAAGAUUGGAGAAAGAAAUGAGUUCUAUAGAACCAGAUUCGAUUGUGAAUAUCGGUUUAGAACCAUCUACUCAUUUUAUCAAUUUAGGAUCAGGCGAAAGUGAUUAUGGCUAUAAUUUUGAAACCGAAUCAGCUAAACCUGAAACUUUAAAAAGUACGGGCCUCUUGAAAAAACAAAUGAAUCUCGACUUUACUCAAAAUUUAGAUUCUGUGAGAAUAGGUAACAUCAAUGGACAUGGAGAAGAAUAUUUAAAUAAAAAUAAUAAUAAUUCAAAUAAUUUAUUCGAAAAGAUAUAUCGCAACGAUUCUCAUGGCCCAAAACGUGCAAUAUUGAUCUGUAAACAAAAUAAUACCCAUCUUUUAUUCCCAUUAUUUAGAUGUAAUUUUUAAUAAAUAUAGUGUAUAUGUUGGAAGGGGAUUUUGAAUCCGUGGGGAUUCGGAAUCCCUUAAUUUUAAAUCAUGUACAGAUGCCGAUUUUAGAAUUUGAGAAAUCUGAUUUGACCGGAAAUAUAUUCCAGCAUUUAUAUGUUCAUAUCGGGUGAAUUUCAGACAAUUUUGUCGUGAACCUUUGAACUAUUUUAUUUAUAUUUAUUUUUAUAUAGAUUUUUCAUAUAAAUUAAAAAUAUUACCAUAUGGGUACUCUAUACAUGCUGGGAUACAUUUCUGUUCAAACAGAUUUUUCAAAUUUAAAAAUCUCGCUCAGUAAAUGAUUUAAAAUUACAAUAAUCCGAAUUUCCAUGAAUUCAUACCCCGUUACGACAUACAUAUACUCUUUCUUCAUGUAAUUUCAAUUAUAGUAAUAAUAGAUUGACAAUCUUUUAUAAUUUAAAUGAUAGAAAAAUGUAUAAAGAAAUAUUGAUAUAAUUUUGGUAUCCAUUAUAACACGAACAUAUAUUCCUAUAUUCAAUAUCUAUAAUUAUGAUAAAAUAUUUAACAAUUUAUUUUUAUUUUAUAU